CGCGAGACCGCCCACCAUUUGUCGUUGUCAUUGUCGUUGCAUUAUUCAUCGACUACAAAACGAAGUCAAGCGGACAAAUGGGUUUGGAAGAUUUGCCCUGUUCUUUUUCUUCUUCUUCGCCUAAUCAGACGAUUCCUUUCGGGAUUCCUUUCGCAGCCGAUAACAUCACUUCCAUUAGAUUCCUGUUUGAUCGGAUGCACCUCUCAGUUCCGGCGCCAUGAAGAAGUCCGAGUUCUUUAACAUCAUCAAGAGUGCGGCAUGUCUCAAGUCAUCUGCUGAUACUGGGAAAGGACAGAGUAAGCUGUCGAGUACUAAAGUAUCACAUGGAUUCCAUUUGGUGAAAGGGAAAUCAGGUCAUGACAUGGAAGACUACCAUGUGGCUCAAUAUAGCUAUGAGAACAAUCAUGAGCUAGGUCUAUUUGCUAUUUUUGAUGGCCAUAUGGGAGAUAGUGUACCGAGUUACCUGAAAGCCAACCUUUUCAACAAUAUACUCGAAGAGCCUUUGUUCUGGAAAGAUCCUCAAUCAGCAAUAAUGAAUGCUUACUGCUCCACAAAUAAAUCUAUUCUUGAAAAUUCAAAACAGCUGGGGCCUGGGGGUUCAACUGCAGUGACAGCAAUUGUAAUUGAUGGCAAAGACUUGUGGAUAGCAAACAUAGGUGACUCCAGAGCUGUCCUGUGUGAAAGAGGUGCUGCUAAUCAACUGACUGUUGAUCAUGAGCCCCAUGUUGAGCGAAGUAGGAUUGAAAAGCAAGGGGGUUUUGUGACGACUUUUCCGGGUGAUGUUCCUCGAGUCAAUGGCCAACUUGCAGUUGCAAGGGCUUUUGGUGAUCAAAGCCUCCAGGCACAUUUAAGUUCAGAGCCCGAUGUAAGACGCGUGCCAAUAGACUUCACAAUGGAGUUUGUUAUACUUGCAAGUGAUGGACUGUGGAAG